AAGGGACUCUCUCUCUCUCCUUCGCUCUUUCUCUCUCAUGGAGGCUGCUCUCCUUCGAGUCUCCAUUAGCCCUAAACCUAAGAUCCACCUCAGCCCCGUUCGCUCUGUCCGGAUCACUCCUCCUCACCUCCGCCUCUUACGGCGGCCUAGCUCAGCUGGUCCCCUUCGCCUCCCCCGCCCGAAUGCCGUCGAGAUCGGCGCCGCCACGUCCGGCGAACCCCAGCAGGAGGAGCAGGUCAAGAACUCCUCGGUCCUCCUCGAGGUCGGCGGGAUGAUGUGCGGUGCCUGCGCCGCCCGAGUCCGGUCGAUCCUUUCCGCUGACGACCGAGUCGACUCAGCUGCGGUCAAUAUGUUGACCGAGACCGCGGCCGUUCGGCUCGGGACGAGCGGCGACGAACCGGAGCGGGUGGCGGAGGAGCUGGCCGAGAGGUUGGCGCAGUGCGGUUUCCCGUCCAAGAGGAGGAGAACGGGGUUGGGGGUGCAGGAGAACGUGAGGAAGUGGAGGGAGAUGGCGGAGAGGAAGGAGAAAUUGCUCGCGGCGAGCCGCAACCGUGUCGUGUUCGCGUGGACGCUGGUGGCGCUGUGCUGCGGGUCUCACGGCACUCAUUUGUUGCAUUCACUUGGGAUUCACGUCGCUCACGGUUCAUUUUUGGAUAUAUUGCACAAUUCUUAUGUGAAAUGUGGUAUCGCCUUGGGGUCAUUGCUCGGACCUGGUAGAGAAUUGCUUUUGGAUGGUCUCAGAGCAUUUGCAAAUGCCUCACCAAAUAUGAACUCUCUUGUGGGAUUUGGAUCCAUUGCUGCAUUCCUGAUUAGUGCAAUGUCGCUGCUCAACCCAGGCCUUCAGUGGGAAGCAUCUUUUUUUGAUGAACCGGUCAUGCUUCUUGGUUUUGUACUUCUUGGACGUUCUCUCGAAGAAAGGGCUAGACUACAGGCAUCCAGUGAUAUGAAUGAACUCUUGUCAUUGGUCUCCUCUCAGUCACGAUUAAUAAUCUCAUCGCCUGAAGAGAAUCCUACAUCUGACAGCUUCUUGAGUGCUGAUGCAAUUAGCAUUGAAGUUCCAACUGAUGAUGUUCGUAUUGGAGACACGAUCUUGGUUUUGCCAGGGGAAACAAUUCCCGUAGAUGGGAAAGUUCUUGGAGGUAGGAGCGUUGUCGAUGAAUCCAUGCUCACAGGUGAAUCUCUUCCUGUAUUCAAGGAACAUGGUCACAGUGUUUCUGCAGGAACAGUUAACUGGGAUGGGCCUCUAAGAAUUGAAGCUGUGAAAACUGGUGCUAUGUCAACUAUCUCUAAAAUAGUUCGCAUGGUUGAGGAAGCACAAGCACAUCAAGCACCUAUUCAAAGACUGGCAGAUUCAAUUGCAGGACCUUUUGUGUACAGUGUGAUGACACUAUCUGCUGCAACCUUUGCCUUCUGGUAUUAUAUUGGAACACACAUCUUUCCAGAUGUGUUGCUUAAUGAUAUUGCAGGUCCUGAUGCAGAUCCAUUGCUUUUGAGCUUGAAACUCUCUGUGGAUGUACUGGUAGUUUCCUGUCCUUGUGCGCUGGGUCUAGCUACACCAACAGCCAUCUUAGUAGGCACUUCUAUGGGGGCAAAACAAGGACUUCUUAUCAGAGGAGGUAAUGUCUUGGAACGGUUGGCUGGUAUAGAUGUCAUUGCACUAGAUAAGACUGGAACUCUUACAGAAGGAAAACCUGUUGUUACUGCUAUUGCUUCUUUGGAUUAUGAAGAAUCCGAAAUUCUCCGACUAGCUGCUGCCGUGGAGAAGACGGCAUCACAUCCAAUUGCCAAGGCUAUUUUGGAUAAAGCUGAGUCACUGAAUUUUGGAGUCCCUAGUACCAGUGGACAACUGACAGAACCUGGUUUUGGUUCCUUAGCAGAAGUAGAUGGAUCUCUAGUUGCAGUUGGUAGGCUUGACUGGGUUCAUGAACGUUUUCAGAAAAAAGCUUCAACAUCUGAAUUGCUGGAUCUGGAAAAUCGUGUGGGAUGCCUUUCAUCUAGCAUGGCAACAUCAUCAAAACAGUCAAAAUCAGUAGUGUAUGUUGGGAAGGAAGAUGAAGGCAUAAUUGGAGCUAUAGCAAUAUCUGAUGUUCUGCGAUAUGAUGCAAAAUCUACAGUUAGCAAGCUGCAGGGAAUGGGAAUAAAGUCAGUCCUCGUAUCUGGGGACAGGGAAGAGGCAGUGACAAGUGUUGGCGAGAUGGUUGGAAUUGGAACUAUAAAUGCAGCUUUGACUCCGCAGCAAAAAUCAAGUAUCAUAUCAAGUUUACAAGCUGAGGGUCAUAGUGUUGCUAUGGUUGGUGAUGGUAUAAAUGAUGCACCAUCAUUGGCACUUGCUGAUGUUGGAGUUGCUUUGCAAAUUGAGGCCAAAGAGAAUGCUGCAUCUGAUGCAGCAUCAGUUAUUCUUUUAGGCAACAGGCUUUCACAGAUAGUGGAUGCUAUAUCGUUAGCUCAAGCAACAAUGGCAAAAGUUCACCAGAACUUGGCAUGGGCAGUGGCAUAUAAUGCAGUUGCCAUCCCCAUUGCGGCAGGGGUGCUGCUCCCGAAUUUUGAUUUCGCCAUGACACCAUCACUUUCUGGAGGGUUGAUGGCCUUGAGCUCCAUUUUCGUCGUCAGCAACUCUUUGCUACUACAGCUGCACGGAUCUUUCCCCAAGAAAGCGAACAACUACAAAGCAAACGUCGAUAAAUGAUAUCGAGAUUCGAUGUGGUAAAACCCUACAACUGGAGAUUUUUUUUGGUUGUCUUGUAUUAGAGCAUACAUCAACUCAAUAGCAGCUAUCUUAACUCAAUAACAGCUAUUGACAGAAUAAACCAUCGUGUAUUUGGAUUCAGUGUAUGUUGUUCCUCUACAUUCCAUUCAUCGAAAGUCGCUGAAUUAAAUAGAUCUAAAGCAAAAUACUAUGUAUUUUUCCAUUGUUCCCCUGA